AUGCGGCGCACCUUGACUUUAGGCAAUGCUUGGGGAGGGGCCUCGGUUUACGAUAUAGCUAUAAAGCAAUUUUCGAAAAACAUUCCAGCUCCAGCAGCUUCUAGAUGGACCCCUUCCGGUCCUUCCCAGGUUGCGAAAAGAUAUUCAUCCAACCUCAACAACUGCCCAUCACCAUUGAACCCUGCGUCUAAGCCGGCGACCCCACAACUUUCUACCAGUCGUCUCUACCAGCAAACAAGAAUUGGCUUGUCAGCAGCAUGGCGGCCGGCAAUAUCACAAUUGCGCCCAUUCAACAGUUCAUCUCCAUUGCAAACUACUCCGAAGGGCUCAGAUAGACAGGAUCACAUCGAACGAGAACGACAAAGGCGCGAAGAGGAAGAAGAGGAUAAUAUCGAUGAACAAGGGGAUUUUGCACGAAGUGAGAAAGCUUCUAAAGCGACGCAGGUCAACCUGAGCGCAAGAUUACAGAGUAGUGGAAAGAAACAAGGAAAUACAGCUGCUUUUGGUGAAAUAUGGAGGUUACUCAAAAUCGCUCGACCCGAGGCAAGAUGGCUCGGUUUAGCAUUUAUGUUCUUAUUGAUAUCCUCAUCAAUCACCAUGUCAAUACCAUUCUCGAUCGGAAAAAUUCUUGAUUUAGCCACUAAGGAUCCUUCGGAAGGCGAAAAACUUUUUGGACUGGAUAUUUCUCAAUUUUUUAUUGCUCUCGCUUGCGUUCUAACUAUGGGAGCCGCGGCUAACUAUGGACGUAUCAUUAUAUUGAGAAUAGUCGGAGAACGAAUUGUAGCCAGACUUCGAUCACAAUUAUAUAGGCGAACUUAUGUACAGAAUGCGGAAUUCUUCGAUGCCAAUCGAGUUGGAGAUCUCAUUUCUCGAUUGAGCUCGGAUACGGUUAUUGUUGGAAAGAGUAUCACCCAGAAUCUCUCGGAUGGUUUACGAGCCAUGGUCAGUGGAGGUGCUGGAUUUACAGCUAUGGCAUGGGUGAGCUUAAAGCUUACAAGCAUUCUCUGUCUCAUGUUCCCACCUGUCGCAAUUGGUGCAUUCUUUUAUGGAAGAGCAAUCAGAAAUCUUAGUCGGAAAAUCCAAAGGAAUCUGGGAACACUAACUAAAAUCGCCGAAGAGAGACUCGGAAAUGUUCGCACCAGUCAAGCCUUCGCUAGUGAGACACAAGAGGUUGGCAGAUACAAUCAACAAAUCAAGAAGAUAUUCUCAUUAGGCAAAAGGGAAGCAUUGAUCAGUGCAACCUUUUUCAGUUCGAGUGGGUUUUUCGGUAACAUGACCAUCUUGGCAUUAUUAUACACUGGUGGUUCUAUGGUUAAGAACGGCAUGAUAAGUAUCGGUGAACUAACAUCCUUCUUGAUGUAUACGGCCUAUGCUGGGUCAAGUUUGUUUGGUGUUUCCAGCUUUUAUUCGGAACUUAUGAAAGGUGUUGGUGCUGCCAGUCGUCUUUUUGAGCUUCAAGAUCGAAAGCCCACAAUUCCUGCAACUGUUGGUACCAAGGUUAAAUCUGCACAAGGUAUCAUCAAAUUUGACAACGUCUCCUUUGCCUACCCAACACGACCAGCAGUCGCGAUCUUUGACGGGCUCAGCUUCGAAAUUCCUUCAGGUACUAAUGUGGCAAUUGUCGGGCCCAGUGGUGGAGGUAAAUCUACCAUUGGUUCACUCCUACUACGAUUUUAUAACCCCACAGAGGGAAAGAUCACAAUUAAUGGUCAAGACAUAACAAAGAUGAACGCAAAGUCUCUCCGACGUCGAAUUGGAAUGGUCGGUCAAGAGCCUGUCCUCAUGUCUGGUUCUGUUGCCGAGAACAUCGCCUAUGGAAAGCCUCAUGCCUCAAGAUCCGAAAUUAUCGCAGCUGCACGAAAAGCAAAUUGUCAAUUCAUUAGUGAUUUCCCUGAAGGCCUUGACACACAAGUCGGAGCACGUGGCGCACAAUUAUCGGGAGGACAAAAACAACGAAUUGCAAUUGCUAGAGCUUUACUCAAGAAUCCAGAUAUCCUUAUACUAGAUGAAGCAACAUCAGCAUUGGAUGCCGAAUCCGAAACCUUAGUUAACUCUGCCCUGGCAGCCUUACUCAGGGGUCAAAAUACAACCAUUUCAAUUGCUCAUCGUCUAUCAACGAUCAAGCGCUCUGAUCACGUUAUCGUAUUAGGAAAUGAUGGAAAGGUUGCUGAAACUGGAACUUACAAUUCUUUAUCCAGCAAUCCCAAUUCAGCCUUCUCUAAAUUGAUGGAAUGGCAAAUGAGUGGAGGUGAUGCAGCUGAUCACAGACCUGUUGAAUUAGAAGGACAUUUCACAGAAUCUGAGGAAAUCUCGGAGGAAAUUUCUCGUCUGGAUGAUUCUGAUGAGGUCGAUGGUGAAGCUAUUGAGGAAGGAACCAAAGAGCGAAAAGAAGACAAGACAAAGACAGAGGCUGUUUUGGAAAAGACAAACAACCAAAUGAAGUAG